CUAAAUUGGGCCAAUUGGCCCCUGGCUCCGCCCCUGCUACCGGGGCAUGUCCCCGGUGUCACACUAGUAUAGUAGAAGGCAAUGGGUUUGCACGAACUUUCUGAAAGAGAGAGAAAGAGGGAAGGAACAAUGGGUUUGAUUCUUGAAGGGGAAGGAGACGAGAUACCGAGCACAAGGGACGACGACGUUUUGUUACCGCCGUCAAACUUUUCCGCCGUUGAAGGCCAGUGCAUUUACCGAUCAGGACUCCCACAACCCUCCAGUUUCGCCUUUCUUCGGUCCCUCAAUCUCAGCUCCGUAAUAUAUUUGUGUCAGGAGCCUUACCCCGAAGAGAAUAAGGAGUUUAUUCGGCUUAACAACAUUAAGCUUUUCCACUUUGGAAUAGACGGCACAAAGGAGCCGUCUAGUAUUCCAAUAAGCACCAUAACCGAAGCUUUGAGAGUCUUAAUUGAUGUGAGAAACCAUCCUGUCCUUAUCCAUUGCAAGCGUGGAAAGCACCGAACCGGUUGUCUUGUAGGGUGCCUCAGAAAACUGCAGAAUUGGCGUUUGGCAUCGGUUUUGGAAGAGUACAGACAUUUUGCAGGCACAAAGUGGAGAGAAAAUGAUAUAUUUUUCCUGGAGGCGUAUGAUGUGUCGUGUAUUAGGCAUUGCCUUCAGAGUCUUAUCUACCGCUACUACGCUUCAACCAGGAACCGGCGCAUUCUAUCCAAAGAAGAUGGUUUGAAGAAAACCAGAAUUGCUUCCAUUUAAUUUGAUGAUGAUGAUGAUGAACUUUUCACUUCAAGGGUAUAGUUUCCAUACUAUUUUUGGAGCAGCAGAAGCUUAUGUACAGUUUCCACUGGAAAAACCAAACACCAAAGGUGUCGUUGAAACAUUUUAGGGAAAAUGUGAAUGGUAAGUUUUAUGUCCAUAUCAUAUGAGCACCCUUCCUUUUAUAGCGUGUUUGUCUAUGUUAUAAAUAUAGGGUCGAGUUUACCUAUAAACUUGUCCUCCAAUGCAAAGUGCAAGUUAAUCUGGCG